ACGGUUAUAUUAAACCACGGCCCUCUCUUUCCCCGGCCACAAAACCACCACCCAAUCGCCGCCGCCGUCAUAUCUCCGGCCACUCUUCCAGAUCCCCGACAAUCUCGCACGCUCCCCAAGGUCAAAUCUUUCCUCUCCCCCCUCUCUCCCAUCACACACAUCUCUCUAAUCUCUCCCAUCAUCACAAAUAUUAAAGAGAAUCAAUUUUCCCCCAAAUUCAUAACCCUAGUUCACUGAAUUCACAUACAUAGACACAUAUAUCUGUGUGUAUGGAUCAAUUGAGGUAUAUUUCAUCGUCGACGGAGAAUUCAAGAAACCUAGGGUUAGCUAAGAAGCCAAUGGCGAAUGAUUACUUAAUUCAGAAGCCGAUGACGCCGAUUAUCGAUCGAUUUAAGGCUAUGCUGAGAGGCAGAGAGGAAAAUAUUAAGGCUUUAGGUUUACAUGGUGGUGAGGAUGAUGAUGACCCUAUUUCGCCCCCGAGAUGCGAAGAAAUCGUCAAGUUGUAUGAGAUUGUUUUGUCUGAGCUUACGUUUAAUUCAAAGCCGAUUAUUACUGAUCUUACGAUAAUUGCUGGUGAACAAAGAGAGCAUGCUGAGGGCAUUGCUAAUGCAAUUUGUGACCGGAUUCUUCAGGCCCCAAUUGAUCAGAAACUGCCUUGCUUGUAUCUUUUGGAUAGUAUUGCUAAAAAUAUUGGUAAGGAGUAUGUAAGAUGCUUCUCGGCACUUCUCCCUGAGGUAUUCUGUGAGGUGUACAAACAAGUCAACUCAAGUUUGCGCACAUCUAUGGGACAUUUGUUUGGUACUUGGUCAACUGUGUUUCCACCCUCUAUUCUAUGCAAGAUUGAGGCUGAAACGAACUUUGCUCCGGCUGCAAAUUCUCAAUCCGUUUUGACUUCCUUGCAACCUUCUGAAUCUCCGCGACCAACUCAUGGCAUACAUGUUAAUCCAAAAUAUUUGGAAGCAAGGCGUCAGUAUGAACAUGCAACUGUUCAGAGCGACAUUCCACAUUCAAGUGGAAAUUCAUCUUUAAAGAUGAAUGGGAAGCAUGCUGUUGAACAUGGUGGAUAUGGCUCUGAUAAUUCUGAGGGUGUACCGACACAGGUUGGAACAAAAAGAAUCAACUCAAGUAUUCGAACUAACAUAACUAAUGCUGAGAACAUGCUUGCUCCUGCUAGGGGGGCAAAGUCCUCUUCACCGUUUGUUGCUGGUCGUGUUAGAUCACCAGGUUCAGAUACUGAGUUUGAUUCAACAAGUAGGUUUCUUAAAAUCUCCUCACCAUCCCGUCGUGGAUUUGAUUAUGGAGGUGUAGUGAAUAUUGGCAAAAAAGAGUCAAGUGACCGGUACGGAGGUUACAAGUCUCUCGAUAGCCAUCAGGAAUAUGAUUAUCAUGAUUCACAUAGUUACAGUAACAGUGAGCUUCGAGGGCCUAGAGCUUUGAUUGAUGCAUAUGGGACUGAUGAAAGGGAUACUUGUAAGCAUCCAAAUGCCGGACACCUGAAUAUGAAUGCUGUUAAUAACAAGAUGGCUGUGCAGACAUGGAAGGAUAAUGAAGAAGAAGAGUUCAAAUGGGAAGAUAUGAGUCCAACAUUAGCUACUGGAAACUUGAAGUCCAGUUUGUUCUCGCAAUCUAAUCCAAUGUCAGGAAUUCUUACCACGGUACCUGGAGUUGAGCCUCAACACCCGGUCCUUAUGGAGAAUAGUUUCAGGAGAGGCCACCAGUCUGGUCGAGAACAAAUGUCUGCAUUCAGUGAUUCAUCCCAAAUUACUGAUUCUGUUCAUGGGCUGACCAAUAACAUAUAUGGGGUUCGUAAUGAGGGAUCACAGUUUCCCACUUCUCGCAACCCUCCAGAAGUCUGGAACAUCCCACCAUCCUCCCAAAGAAAUUUACAGGUACCUUUUAUAUCAUCAGCUGGUGAACUAAAAAUUCCCCCGGUUAAUGGCUUUCCAGGCCUUGAUAAAGAACGCGGGUCCUUGGACUUUGCGUCAAGAAUGAGUUCUCUUACUCGAGAAAGUUUGAAUCCCGAGGUUCUUUCUGCACAAAAAUCCAAUCCAGUAUCUCAAUUAGCUUCAUAUCCAUUGCAGAAACGUAUGUGGAGUCAGAUGGAACCAGUGAGUGCUGGUUAUUCAAAUGCUGAUCAAGGUAUGAAAAAUUCAUUUUCAGCUCCGAAUCACCAGGCCCAGUUUUCUAAUCGCCAAGUUGGACCAAAUUCUUUACAUCAGCAAAAUCAUACACAAAAUGUUGUCUUGCGUCCACCAUAUCAAAUGCGUCCAAACGUACAGCAAAAUAUGAUUCCACCUGUUGGAAUGUCAACGCCAUCCCAAGUAGCAUACCAGCCCUUCGGGCGUGGAUAUGCACCGCCAGGACAGAGGCCAUUUGUAAAUACCGGCUUCAUGAAUCCAGCUCCUGGCAUGCAGUCAUCUAUGCCGAUUCUCAAUGUCCGAAAUUCACCUGCACACUUACCAGGGGUUGGAUUGCCACCUCUACCUCCUGAACCUCGCCCCGUCUCAUCACAAAUGAUACCUACCCAAAAUCCUAGUUUGGUUGCACUCAACCCUUCUGGCGGGGGUGCACUUUCAGGGUUGUUUAAUUCGUUGAUGGCCCAAGGUUUGAUCUCAUUGACAAACCAAGCAUCAGUGCAGGAUCCCGUUGGACUGGAGUUCAACACUGACCUUCUUAAGGUGCGUCAUGAGUCUGCCAUCAGUGCUCUCUAUGCUGAUCUCCCUAGGCAAUGCACAACUUGUGGUCUUCGGUUUAAGUGCCAAGAGGAGCACAGCAGUCAUAUGGAUUGGCAUGUAACAAGAAAUAGGACUUCGAAAAACCGUAAACAGAAACCUUCUCGUAGAUGGUUUGUAAGUGCUGACAUGUGGCUUAGUGGUACAGAGGCUUUGGGAGCUGAUGCUGCACCAGGAUUUUUACCCACUGAAAUUGUUCAUGAGAAGGAUGAUGAAGAAUCAGCCGUUCCAGCAGACGAAGAUCAGAUUGUUUGUGCACUAUGUGGGGAACCAUUUGUUGAUUUUUACAGUGACGAGACUGAAGAAUGGAUGUAUAAGGGUGCCGCAUAUAUGAAUGCACCAGCAGGAUCAACAGCUGGAAUGGAUAGGUCCCAGUUGGGUCCAAUCGUGCAUACCAAGUGCAAGUCUGACUCUAAUGUGACCACUGCUGAAGACUCGAGAAAAAAUGAAAUGGUAUAUACUGAAGAUGGUGGUCGAAUGAAACGGUUGCGGGUUUAGUGUAUCAAGGUUUCAGGAUCAGCAUUAAGUUUCCUUUGUAGCUUAUUGAGUUCUUAAUGUUAUUGAUCUGCUCCAUACAUAGUUUUAUGUAGCCUCAACUCAUUUGUGCAAGGCCAAAAGCAUGUACAUGUAUAGUUCGAGUUGUACAACCAGCAGUUGGUAAAAGAUUAAAAUUUCACCAUAGCAUCUCACUUCUGAUUUUUCUCCCGUACUUUGUGGUAAAAUGAAAUAUAGAAUGAGAUCUAGAUUUACAAACAUAUAUUCUUGUUGCUGAUCCAAGUAUCUUGUGCUUAUGGAAUCUUUGAAUUUUAGAGGUCCGCACAUUUGACUGAGGAAUAAGUAUUUAUUACUCCAAUUGAAUUGUGCAGCACCACUACUAUAUGCUGUUGCUUCAGAUUUUGCAGGAAUGCAGCUAUGCUGUUUCUUUGGGCUGUCUUUAGAACUGUAUCGGAGUGGCAGGUGCUGGUGGGUAACAUGACAAAGUCUUUUUGCACGAGCAGAGGAAACUCGACGUGCAAUUUUUUAUUUUUAUCCUGGAUUUAAGUUGAUGUAAUAUAAGAGGAUGUUUAGUUGUGUUAAAUAACCUCUGAUUUUAGGGAAUCUCAAUACUUUAGUUAUUGUUCUUUAAGUAUGACUUUGUUCA